GAGAAAACAAGAGGAAGUGGUCCCCACCUUAAUCAUAGUUAGAAAAUCUAUGGUUAACCAAACCUCUGAUCCGGGUUAGAUCCUCUCUCAGAAUUAGCUCCUCAGAUCUGUCUCCCCAAAAAGGAGAUUAGGGUUUCAAAAAUCUCCUAAAUCGGUCAAAUAUCUCUUCGUUUUUUCGUAUUCUAGCUUUCGUCAAACCAACGAAUUCUUCAAAAAAUUUUUUGCUGUUUGAAUUUUUUUUUCUUUAGAGAUUGAAUUGAAAAAUAGGGAAAGAAAAAAUGGAGACGCAGAGGAUAAUUGAGUUUCCUCACAAGAAUAUGGAUAAACGGCCCAGGAAAAGGCCCAGGUUAACGUGGGAUAUGCCCCCUCCUCUUCCUCCUCCUAAGGUUCUUCCGGCAAUAUAUUGCGGUCAGGAAUUCGGGAAUGGAGGGAUUUCUAACUUUUCAUAUCCUAAUAAUAUGUUUUACAGGGGAAUUCCUCGCAGUUGCUCUCCUCCUUGGAGACCUGAUGAUAAAGAUGGCCAUUAUGUUUUUGCCGUUGGAGAAAACCUAACUCCUCGAUACAGGAUUCUCAGUAAAAUGGGUGAAGGAACAUUUGGCCAAGUCCUAGAAUGUUUUGACAAUGAAAAGCAAGAAGUUGUGGCCAUAAAAAUUGUUCGCUCCAUAAACAAGUAUCGUGAAGCUGCCAUGAUUGAAAUUGACGUCCUUCAGAGACUUGCUAGGCAUGAUGUUGGUGGUGCUCGUUGUGUGCAAAUACGGAAUUGGUUUGACUAUCGUAAUCAUAUUUGUAUUGUAUUUGAGAGGCUUGGACCUAGCUUAUACGAUUUUCUUCGCAAAAACAGCUACCGUUCAUUUCCCAUUGAUCUUGUUCGGGAGCUUGGCAGACAAAUUUUGGAGUCUGUAGCAUGUGUGUGGAUAAUUCUUGCACUGUUUUUAAUAUUUAUGCAUGAUUUGCGGUUAAUUCACACUGAUUUGAAGCCAGAAAACAUUCUCCUUGUUUCCUCUGAAUAUAUCAAGGUGCCAGAUUAUAAGUUUUUGUCACGGUCUACAAAAGAUGGUUCCUAUUUUAAGAAUCUGCCAAAGUCAAGUGCAAUAAAGCUGAUUGAUUUUGGGAGUACAACAUUUGAACACCAGGAUCACAGCUAUGUGGUGUCAACUCGGCAUUAUCGUGCACCAGAAGUCAUACUUGGUCUUGGAUGGAACUAUCCUUGUGACUUGUGGAGUGUGGGUUGCAUACUGGUUGAACUUUGCUCUGGUGAGGCACUUUUCCAAACUCAUGAAAACUUAGAGCAUCUUGCCAUGAUGGAGAGGGUUUUAGGGCCAUUACCGCAACAUAUGGUGCUCAGAGCUGACCGCCGUGCUGAGAAAUAUUUUCAGAGGGGCACACGUCUCGAUUGGCCCGAUGGUGCAACUUCUAAAGAAAGCCUGAGGGCAGUUUGGAAAUUGCCCCGGCUGCCGAACUUAAUAAUGCAGCAUGUGGAUCAUUCUGCUGGCGAUUUGAUUGAUCUUUUGCAAGGACUACUACGUUAUGAUCCAGCUGAGAGACUUAAAGCUAGAGAAGCACUGAGACAUCCAUUUUUUACAAGAGAUCAUAGAAGGUUCGGCUACUCCUUGUAAUUGGAGAUUGGGAUCUUUGUUAAUAACCGUGCUUGAGCAACCUUGCAUGGUGAGGCAUUUGUUGACUGGCAUUUUUUCUCUUUAAAGAUAUAUUUGCAGGAUCAUAUAUAUGUAUAGUGUAUACUCAUUUCUUUUCUUGAACAUGCAAUUAGCAUCUUUUUGUUUGUUUCCGGUUUCCUUUGUUUCUCAGAAUGUUUAUUAAAUGGUGUUCCUCUUUGAAUUGUAUCCACCUGAUAAUUUUCCGGUUUGCGGUCUGAUAUUCAAGAAGAGCAGUAGAAAAGUUGUAUUAAAAAUUUUAUCGAUGCUUCUACAUCUUAUUCUUGCAAAUUCUCUUCCUCUCCCCAUCCGGGAGAGACACUUUGAUUCCUUAUCUCUCUGUAUAGGAUUAUCUCACUAAAUUCUAAACUAUCUAAUCAUAAACUUGUGGUGUAACCCACUAGUUGGGUUGCUCUGUACUCGAGAGAUGAACUAAUUAAGUACAGCUGAACAAUGCUAUGAAUCUUGAAUUCUUAUGAUCAACUUUAUACCCAUCUACCAAUUGUUUGCUUACGGCCCUGUUUGGAUUCGGCUGCACAUCUGCUGCUGCGGUGGAAUUCAGCUCUUUUUUGGGUUAAUUGUAUUGUGGGGUACAGCUAAAUAGUGCAAUUGCUCCCGGUUAUUCUCAGGUGGAGACGGGUUUAAAGAACAACUGGAUCUUAAGACGAAAAAAUAAAAAAUUUCUCACCAAUACUAUAUACAAUAUUUAAUUUUACCAUCAUUAUGACUUUCAAACAGCAAAACUUUAUCUAUCAACCUACUAUUUAAUUUCAUCUAAUUUUACCGAAUCUAGUCUUGCCGUCUACCAAAUAAACCU